CAAGUCGACGAAUUCGUCAAAAAAUAAGAAAUUUGAAUGGUUUUACAAGAUAAAUAUAAAGCUAAAGCUUCAAAAGCAUGGAAAGCUUCAAGAGGUUUAAGUACCGCUCCAAAACCCACCACACGACGUCUACAGCCACCAGAAGUAGAUAAUCAAGCGGAAUUCCCUGAUUUAAAGAAAUCUGAUAGCUCAGAUGGCAGUGGUAGCGAAAAUUAUAGCUCAGAAAUUAGUCAAAGUGAAGAUAAGCUUGCAGUUCCAUCUGCUAGUAAUAACACCACAAGGCGUUCAACGAACCCAAAAUACUCUAGGCGGAAAUUAGUUGAUAACUCCAGUAAAUACGAUGAACCCGCGACCGAGCAAGAGGAAGUUUCAUCAGAAGAAGAGCCUGAUCUCUCGUCCAUCACAAUGAAACUUAAGGUAGAUGACGAUUUUGAACAAUAUAUAAAGCGACCUACAGAUGCAGACGAUGAUGAUAUAGAUUAUGAUUUGGCUAAUAGACACAAGAAGAAAGAACCCCAAUUACUUCCUAUUGAUUCAGAGAGUUCAAAAGCAUUGGAGGAGAUGCGUAACGAUAGGAUGAAGGCAGAAGCAUCAUGGAAUCUUAAAUCUCGUCUGAGAGGUGAUUCAGGUAGACAAUACAUCCAGCGAUACGAAUCGUCAAGGAGAGACGUGAAUCAUUUAGAAGACAACGAUUUCUUUGAAAGUGUGGGCGAACCAAAAAGUAGCUCACCAACAAAAACAGCGCAUCGCGUUAAAAGUGAAACAGUCGCUAUCGAACGCGAUAAUCAGCCCGUGAAUAUAAGCACCAUAGACACAAGGUCUGAUCAAAAUUUUUUGGAUGAAUUAAUAUAAAUAUAAAUAUUAAUAGAUA